GGCUGGGACAUUUUUUCAACACAUAUGUUCAAGAGCGCGGGACACCCAUCAAACAUAAUCAUAAUAUUGCGCAACGUAUAUGUGAAUGUUUUGUUGUUUUGUCUGAUGUAAAACCGGUGUCUGUUACUUUACGAUACAGAAAGCAUCGAAAUUCUAAUGGCUGUAUUGGAAAAAUUGUCGAUCCGUGGUGUUCGUUCAUUCGGAACAGAUCCUGAAGACGAACAAAAAAUUACGUUUACCUCGCCACUCACAUUGAUACUUGGGGAGAACGGGUCGGGCAAGACAACAAUAAUCGAGUGUUUAAAAUAUGCUUUGACCGGCGAAUGUCCUACUGGCACGGAUAAAGGGAAACUGUUCGUUCAUGAUCCGAAAAUAUUCAGUAAUCGCGAGAGCUUAGCUAAAGUGAAAUUACAGAUAAGGAACGGCAUCAAUGACUUGUACACGGUGACGCGUGGUAUGAAGUCAUCGGAAAAGAAUGGCAAAUCGAAAUUCGAAACAAUCGACAAUUCCAUCGUCAUCGAGAGAGCAGGCAGAAAUGCAGAAGACCUGAGUUACCGUGGUGUGGAUGUCAAUACACAAAUGUGUCUCGCUAUGGGUGUGUCACAAGCCGUGAUCAGCAAUGUCCUAUUUUGUCACCAAGAAGAGUCUAGCUGGCCGCUGGAUACUGACAAAAAGCUGAAAGAGAAAUUCGAUGCAAUCUUCGGAACGACCGAAUAUAACAAAGCCAUUGACAAGCUGAUCAAACACCGAAAAACAUACAUGGAACGGGCGAAAUUAAAAGAAGUCGAAACAAAGCUGACGUUGCGGUUGAAGCAGGAAACUGAAGGUAAAAUGAUGGAUCUUAAAGCGAAUGAAACGAAGCUGGCAAAAAUUGAAGAGAAGUUGAACGAAUUUCUGGAGGAAGUAAAGCCGAUCGAAGAGCGUAUGAAGAAAAUUCAACAGCUCGAAUGGGAAGUCAGUAAAAUCCAUGAGGAAAAGGUCAAACUGACCACCAAAAUCGAGAAAUGCAAGGAAUUACAGGUGGCCUUAUCGUCAAAAAUCAAAACCAAAUUCGAUGGAUCUUUUGCGAUGCUCGAUCGCGAGAUCCGUUCGUUCAAGGAGAAGAUGAACGAGAAAAAGGAAAAUCUGGCAACGAACGACCUGGAUUUGGAUCGCGUCAAGCAGCACAUCGAAGACCUACGAAUCAAAUUGUCUGACUUGGAUAAAAAGCGAACCACAUUAUUGAUGCAACGACAGAAAGAACAAGAUCUGUUGGCCGAACAAUUCAAAUUGUGCACCAACUUAUACAAUCGCCUAAACAUCGUUGUCGAUUUCGAUUCGCAGGGCGAAAAUAUGAAUAUGGCUGAGUGUCUGAGCCAGAUUGCUCAAGCCAUUAAAAAGGAAGAGACGAGUGUUAACGAUUUGUCGAAAGAUCAUGAGAAAGUCGAUGGUGAUUUGCAGUUGGAAGUGGAUCAGCUACGUGAAAAACAAGCAUCGGUCAAAAGUGACAUUUCGUCGGAAAAGAAGCAAAUCGAAGAAUUGAAGCAGGAGCAACAGAAAGGCCAGGACGAAAUCGAAAAAGUCGAAAAAUCAGCCGAAUCUUUGAAACGAGUGAUGAGUGAAUUGGCAAAGGUCUCGGAUUGCUACGAUAAAUUGACUCAAACCACCAAUUUGGAGGAAAUGAAACGGAAUAUUGAUCUGAAACGUAAACGUCGCAAUGAGCUUCAAACGCGACUGGAUGCCGUUGACCGAGAAAUUGUUUUCCUAACUUCCAUAUCGAAGACGACUGCCGAAAUUUCGGCGAAAGAAUCGCAAUUGGAUGCAAAGGAAACGGAAUCCCGAAAAUUGCGGAAUAAACAUUCGGAGAAUUUGAAACGAUUGUUCCACAACGAAACGGUUGAGGCGAAUUACGAGCGUCGCGUCCAGACUGUUUACCAAAAUUGUCAGCGUGACAUGGACGAAGCCACGAAGAACAUUAAUCGGAAUCAGCAAAAAAUGACGGAACUGCAAAUAAUGCGAAAGAACCAGAAGGAGGAACUGUCCAGAUUGGAAAAAGAGUUGACCGAAUGCGAUGAAAAAAUCUACGAUGAAUGCCACGGAGCGCCUUUCCCUGAAGUUCUUGAACGAGUCAAGGAGAAUGUGGCAAAAUAUCAACUGGACCAUGGAGCGAUAAAGUCAUCAGAAGCGUUGUACAAGAAGUACCUCAGCAAACUCGAUGGCGAAUCUUGCUGUCCGUUGUGCCAUAAAGAAAUGAAUGGAAGUGAGGUUAAUGACCUAUCGACCGAACUUAGCGAUGAAAUUCGCCGUCUACCCGAAAGCAUUAAACGCACUGAGCUCACCUUAAAAUCCGAACAAAAGAAAUUGGAGCUCCUGUUGUCCAUUCGACCAAUGACCAUUCGGUCGCAGACUUUAAAAACGGAUAUACCGAAAAUGAAAGAAAAAUUGAAGGAAACCGAGGAACGUCUUUCCAAUGCGAUGAGUGAUGCUGAAAAUUUACAAAUCUCCAUUGCUGAGCCCAAAUCGAACAUUGAACUGGCGAGCAUAAUGCUGGGCGAUAUGAGUGUGUUGGACAAGGCGUUGAAGGACAUUACUCGGUUUCAACAGGAAUUGAAUACUCUCAAGGCAAGCGUUCCCCAAGGAUCGACUACAAUGACAAUGGAUGAAGCUCAGAAGAAAAAAGCAGGAAUUUCAGAGGAAAACAAAAAGAAUAACGGCGAAAUCAGCGCCUUAGAAGAAAUACACGACAGCAACUCAAAGAUGCUGAACACCCUGCGAGAGAAGCGGAACAAACUGAAGGAUGACCAGAUUAAACUGCAGGAGGAUGCGCAUGCAUUGCCACAAAUGAAAGGGCGUCAACAGGAAAUCUUCCAACAAAUCCAAAAACAUUCCAGCGAUCUUCGUAAGAUCGAAUCCAGUUUGGAGCCGAUCAACCGUCAGCUGACGGAGAUUGUGGAUCGCAAGGAACGUAUUAAAAACGACAACCGGAAAAUCUUGAUUGCUGUGACGAAAAAGCUAAACGACACGAAGUAUAUCGAAGCUGAUUUGAAAAGGUGCUCAGAUGACGUCCAGAAACUUGCAGAGCUGAGACUACAGCCUGAAAUUGAACGCCUCAAAAUUUCUGUGAAGAAAUAUCAGGAUGUUCAAAAGGAGAAAUCGAUCGAACACGCUGAUCUUACUGCGAAAAUCGAGCAGCUUCGAAAGGAAAUUUCCGGUCAAGAAUUGAUCGAGCGAAAUUUACAGGACAACAAGGAGCUGAAAACGCUCGAAAGCGAGCAACACGAACUGCAAGCUCUGCUCGACGAACAACUGAAGAAUUUUGGAGAAAUGGAUUUCGAAAGCAUUCAGCGAGAAAAGAAAGUUCUCAAGGAAAAGGACGAAAUCAUAAAUCGGAAGCGCAGCGAAUGCGUCGGUCAGAAGAAUUUAUUGUUGAGUCAAAAGGCUGCACUGGAAACCGAGCUGAAUAAACCCGAUUUUAAGAAUGCCGUGAAAAAUCAUCUUCAAGCCAUUUACGAAGUGACGGUCUUGAAGAAAAUCAUUUCCGAUUUGGGCCAGUAUCGUAUGGCACUGGAGUCAGCGUUACUGAAAUACCAUUCAGAGAAAAUGAACAAAAUCAAUCGUCUGAUUCGGGAAUUGUGGCGAUCGAUCUACAGAGGAAAUGACAUUGACUACGUUCAAAUUCAAACCAACGAAAUGAAAAAUUCCAGCGCCGAUACAAAGCGCAGCUACGAUUAUCGGGUCGUUCAAUCGAAAAAUGAUGUCGAAAUCGAUAUGCGAGGACGAUGCAGUGCUGGUCAAAGAGUAUUAGCUUGUUUAAUCAUCCGUAUUGCAUUAGCUGAAACAUUUUCGGCCAAUUGUGGAGUACUGGCGUUGGACGAACCGACUACAAAUUUGGAUCAAAAUAAUAUUGUGUCGCUGUGCGAAGCGUUGAACAAAAUUGUGGAAGAGCGGCAGGGAGAGAGCAGCUUCAUGUUACUUAUCAUCACCCAUGACGAGGAAUUCAUUUCGACUUUGGGAAGCAUUUCGACGUAUUACAAAGUGGCCCGAAACAGUUCCGGAAAAUCGCAAAUUCAAAAGGUGAAACUGUCGUAAAAUGACAACGAUUAAUCAUGGAACAAGAAUUUUUUUUCGUUAUUUUCCUUUAAUUCUUGAAUAAACCUCUAUUUUCUA